CGCCUGAUUAGGGCUCUCUAUGAUGCUCCUGCCUUGAACUUUGGAAAAACAACUGAUUUGCCUGAGCUAGGAGGCGGGGAUAUAGGGACGGACCCGUUGCAUGCUGGGAGGCCAAAAGCUUUGAUCGUAUGGUGCCAAUCUGCUGUCGCUACCUCAUAUCCCAAUGUUAUUCUGUGGAUCCUGUGGACUUAGGAGAAAUAGCAUUAUGAACGGAAAGUCUACCAUAAUGAAUAUUUCAUAUAGAAGUAUUGAAAUUACAGGCGUAACACCGUAGAACAUAAAAGAAGAUGGACAAGAAUAAAAAUUUGAAAACAGAAAGUAUACUAAAUAUCACCCUGGAGAUAAUCUACCUGCUGACUGGGGAGGAUUACACAGUAGUGAGGAAGACAUCCAGUGAGUGUGAGACAUCCAGCAUACAUCCCAAUGUGUCGGGAGGACUGAGCACGAGCCAGAGCCCCAUCCUGGUGCCUCCACCUCUCUCACUGACACAUGAGAGACACAAUGACCAGAGGAUCCUGGAACUCACCAACAAGAUCAUUCAGCUGCUGACUGGAGAGGAGGGGGAGUAUAUAGAGGAACACAGGGGUCUGUACAAGGACGUGAUGAUGGAGAAUCACCGGCCCCUCACAUCACUGGAUGGGCCCAGUAACAGAGAUACCCCAGAGAGAUGUCCCCGUCCUCUGUAUUCCCAGGAUUGUACAGAGGAGAAUCCCAGGACCCCACAGGAGGAUCAGAGUGAAGAACUAACUGAUAUAAAAACAGAAGAUAUAAAGAAAGAAGCCAAGAUGCUUGUGACUUAUAAUAAGGCAGAAGAUACAGAGGGAGAAGAAGAGACAUCUAUAAGGAGUGUUCAGUGUAAGGUGGAGGAAAUUCCUACAGAUAUCGGCAAAGAUGGAUGCAAUACAAGGAAUACCUCUGAGGGACAUCUUGUUUGGUCUCCAGAUUGUAAAUUAGAAGAUAAGAACAUCACACGAGGAUCUCCAGAAGAAAACUGCAUUAAACUAAAUAUACAUCCAGCACUUCACAGUGCAGAUAUAUCAUCUGAUCCAUCUAUUAUUGAGGAAUGUUCUCCUGGUAACUCACAUACUACUGCACCUAGUACAGGUCAUUGCGGUGAUACAAUAAUUUCCUCUUCUAAAAUUGGGAAAUGUUUUACACAUAAACAAGCUCUUGUUAAACAUAAGAGCAGUCACGUAAGUAAGAAGCCUUUUCCAUGUUCUGAGUGUGGGAAAUGUUUUACACAGAAAUCAGAUCUUCGCAGACACCUGAUGCGUCACAUGGGUGAGAAACCAUUUCCAUGUUCUGAGUGUGAGAAAUCUUUUAUAGAUAGAUCACGUCUUGUUAUACAUGAGAGAAGUCACACAGGUGAGAAACCAUUUCCAUGUUCUGAGUGUGAGAAAUCUUUUACAGAGAGAUCACGUCUUGUUAUACAUGAGAGAAGUCACACAGGUGAGAAACCAUUUCCAUGCUCUGAAUGUGGGAAAUGUUUUCCAUGUAAAAGAUAUCUUACUAUGCACGAAAGAAGUCACACAGGUGAGAAACAAUUUCCAUGCUCUGAAUGUGGGAAAUGUUUUACAAGUAAAAAAGAUCUUACUACACAUGAAAGAAGUCACACAGGUGAGAGGCCAUUUCCAUGCUCUGAGUGUGGAAAAUGUUUUACUCAGAAAUCACAUCUUGUUGUACAUCAGAGAAUUCACACAGGUGAGAAACCUUUUCUAUGUUCUGAGUGUGGGAAAUGUUUUACAAACAAAUCAGAUCUUAUUAAGCAUAACCUAAGUCACACAGGUGAGAAGCCAUUUCCAUGUUCUGAGUGUGGAAAGUAUUUCAUUAAAAAAUCAAAACUUGUUGCACAUGAGAGAAGUCACCCAGGUGAGAAGCCGUUUAGAUGCUCUGAGUGUGGGAAACGUUUUAGACAGAAAGCACGUCUUGUUGUACAUCAGAGAAGUCACACAGGUGAGAAACCAUUUCCAUGCUCUGAGUGUGGGAAAUCUUUUCUAGAGAAAUCAAAUCUUGUAACACAUCAGAGAUGUCACACAGGUGAGAAACCAUUUCCAUGCUCUGAGUGUGGGAAAUCUUUUGUGCAGAAAUCAAAUCUUGUUAUACACGAGAGAAGCCACACAGGUGAGAAACCAUUUAGUUGCUCUGAGUGUGGGAAAUGUUUUAAAGCUCAGUCUUCUCUUUUUGCACACAAAAAAGUUCACACAGAUGAGAAGCCAUUUCCAUGCUCAGAGUGUGGGAAAUGUUUGAAAACGAAAUAUUCUCUUUUUACACACAUGAAAAUACACACAGGUGAGAAGUAUCACUGACUUGAAUUGAGAGUGUUGUGAACUCUGAGGUUCUUCCGAUGGUCGGGAAGAGGAACCACAGCUGGGCCGGAGUAGAGAUAGCCGGAUAUAGGUUUUCCUCAUGCAGAAAUUUAACAGUUAUAAUUGAUGUCAAAUGCAAAGAACUUUAUGAUGAGAAGGGUCGGGCACGAUGCUGAGGCACAUAGAAGAAUGGGAACUUGUGAGCGAUGUUUAAAGACACUGAUGAACUCGUGAGCGAUGUUUGAAGAUACUGAUGAAAUGAUGAACUCGUGAGCGAUGUUUAAAGACACUGAUGAACUCGUGAGCGAUGUUUAAAGACACUGAAGAAAUUAAGAACUUGUGAGCGAUGUUUAAAGACAGUGAUGAACUCGUGAGGGAUGUUUAAAGACACUGAAGAAAUGAAGAACUUGUGAGCGAUGUUUAAAGACACUGAUGAAUUUGUGAGCGAUGUUUAAAGACACUGAAGAAAUGAAGAACUUGUGAGCGAUGUUUAAAGACACUGAUGAACUUGUGAGCGAUGUUUAAAGACACUGAUGAACUUGUGAGCGAUGUUUAAAGACACUGAAGAAUUGAAGAACUUGUGAGCGAUGUUUUAAGACUCUGAUGAACUCGUGAGCGAUGUUUAAAGACACUGAAGAAAUGAAGACCUUGGGAGCGAUGUUUAAAGACGCUGAAGAAAUGAAGAACUUGUGAGCGAUGUUUAAAGACACUGAUGAACUCGUGAGCGAUGUUUGAAGAUACUGAAGAAAUUAAGACCUUGGGAGCGAUGUUUAAAGGCACUGAAGAAAUGAAGAACUUGUGAGCGAUGUUUAAAGACACUGAUGAAAUGAAGACCUUGGGAGCGAUGUUUAAAGACACUGAUGAACUCGUGAGCGAUGUUUGAAGAUACUGAAGAAAUGAAGAACUUGUGAGCGAUGUUUGAAGACACUGAAGAAAUUAAGAACUUGUGAGCGAUGUUUGAAGACACUGAAGAAAUGAAGAACUUGUGAGCGAUGUUUGAAGAUACUGAAGAAAUGAAGACCUUGGGAGCGAUGUUUAAAGACACUGAAGAAAUGAAGACCUUGUGAGCGAUGUUUAAAGACGCUGAAGAAAUGAAGAACUUGUGAGCGAUGUUUAAAGACACUGAAGAAAUGAAUUUGCAGGCAGACACCUAGAAUGCAGGGAGCGCUAGAGUAUAGCCGCUGGUAAGCACACUGCUGUCAGGAGCACUGGUGUUCGCCACAGUGGAGAGACGAUACUCAGGCGCCGGACACAGACGAGCGUCCGCUUUUGUAGUUCCCGCUUUGCCCUGAUUGGCGGAGAGGGGAGCAAGUGAAGUCACCCGCUCACAACACCUAUGUGGGCGCCAGGCGCAAUGGCGGCGCCCACGCUCUGGAGGAUCGCCGGCCAAACGCCGGGGCCCGGUAACCCACCGGAGGCCGGAGCCACCAGGAGAGCCAGCGAACACGCAGGGGUAAAUGCGGCGGCGGCCGCCGCCAUCCCCGAUGUGUAACAAGAAGUAGCCAUUCAUGUUCUCUGAUUGUGGGAAAUGGUUUACACAGAAGCAGCUUGUGUUACACAUGAGAGAAGUCACACAGGUGAGAGGCCAUUUCCAUGAUCUGUGUGUGUGGAAAUGUUUUACAUAGACAUCAGAGUCGUCACACAGGAGAGAAGAUAUUUCUGUUUUCUGAGUAGGUAUAAAUAUAGGGGGUGGGAUAUAAUGGAGUCCAGGAUUGCCGGAUGUGCGGUAUGCCUGGCUUAUUCCUGAUGCUUUUUAAAGGGGUAAUCAUUUACAAGGCAUAAUUUUGCAUUGAAAGUUAUUGCUGCUUUAUAAAAAGUCAGAGAUCGGUCAGUAUUCCGCACAUCAGGCAAUCUCGGACUCCAUUACAGCCUGCCAUGGAAGUCCGGAAUAAAAUGGUCACAGCUGAGUGUCCUCGAGUCUGUAGACAUUAGACAGGGCUACAUUAAUAUUUUAUAUAAGAAAUCUGUGGUAACGAUAAAUCUGUAAUAAACUCCCAAUAGGAAUAAACUAAUUUGCAUAUUAGUAUAAGGGCAGGCAGCCAUCUUGGGUAUGUGCAGUUGCUAUUACAGGUAAUCAGUCAUAUCGAUCCAUGCCCCUUUGGAGCUUACAAUCUAAAUUCCAUAUCACACACCGGAUUCCAAUUUUUCUCAGAUUCCUCUUAAUCUACCAGUCUGGUGUUGAACUUAGUGGUAUGAAACCAGAGUAUCCAUUGGCAACCCAUGCACACAUGGCAAGAACGUACAAACUCCACACUAAUAGGGCCUUGGUGGGAAUCCUACCUGAGCAAUUCUAAUCACUAUGCCGCCAUACAUAGUAAGAGUAGUCUAUAUAAGUGAUGGGAAAGUAUAACCAAAUGUGCAGAGUGUAUUUAAAAACAAAACAAAAAAACAAUAUGUUUUUAUUGAGUUUUUGAUGAGCAAUAACAUUUACCGCACAAUAAACAACAAGCUGAACAAUUUGUGUGGCCUCUUUCACUUAAGCAAUUUGUUAUACAAGCAGCGUAUGACGUGGUUGUAGACUGUUAGCGUCCGGGGUCUUACCGGAACGCUGGGGCCGCGGGGCGGGCUUCACAGGCGGCCGGGCAGCGGCGGUGGAGGGCUGCGGCGCUGGGUUCAAGGGUACAGGCAGCGGUAAUGGCGUUGAGGGGGUCCGCUCGUUGCGUUGGGACGCCGCUGCAGCAGCUCGCUUUCGCUAAGCCGUUGCCUAGGAGACAUGGGGCAGUGAGCACAACUGUGACUUGCACAACUGUGGAACGCAGGUGGACCGCAAACCGGAAGCCGGAAGCACCGUAACCGGAAGUCGCGAACCGCGGCAUCGUAGCGUCCCCUGCUACCCAGGAUCUCCACAUACGGCUCUCUGUCUCCGCUCCUGACGUAGCCGAGCACAAGCCUGCAGGACACUGUGCCAUAUACAUCAGGCACGGCCCCAAGAGAAACCGCCGCAGUGCGGCCAGUCAUACGGAGGGAGACAGCUGCGGGACUGGCAUACCACCAAUUCAGCCACACCAAUUGGUGAAGUAUAAACAGGCGUUGUUUAUUCUCAGCCUUUUUCUUCUUUUAUCCCGCAAAGUGCAUUUGAGCCAGUAACAGCACUCAAUUCCUACUUAUUAUUAACAGCUACAUGCAUG